UCUGCACGAAAUCACAACAAAAGAAUAAAAAGAAUUGGCAACUCUGUCUACUACAAAUAUAGCGUUUCUUAACAAAGCUUGAGGUUGUCAUGGUAACUGUCAACUAGACGAGGUUUUUAGUGUUUAUUUUUUGCUCACGUAAAAAAAGAAGUUGGAAAGAAGGCGUAAGAUGAUUAAGCACACAAUUUUCCCACUUCCUAAAUUAAGUUAAAAAAGAGCAAUAAAAAAUUCACAAGCUUAUAACAAAUUACAGCGUAAAUAUAAUAACAUAACACGAAAUGAGUUUAGUACGACUUUUGCGGCCGUGUUGUGUAAAUGUGCCAAAAGACCGGGAGACGUCCGUUAAUUCUCUUUAUCGAUUUUAACAAAUUAAAUUUUUUGUAAAAUUAAUAAUUUUUUUCAAAGUGCUAUUUUUUGUAUAUUGGAAGCAAUGGAAUACUUACAGCAAUUUUAUGAGAAAAUAUUUGGUGAUAGCAACGGCGAUUCGGGUUGGGGUGCCGGCACGCCGCGGAAAGUUGUGGCUUUUGGAAAUGUUUUAUUAGAUCGCACAGUGCAAAUCGCAGAUUUAGAUAUUCUCGAUCGUUUUCAACUAUCAAUGAACGCGAAAGGCGAACUGAGUGUGGAGACUUUGAAUUCAUUAACAGCUGAGAUUUGCGAGAGUUCAAAUUGUAUUACAAAUCCUGGUGGUUCUUCCUUAAACACAGUACGCAUUUUAAAAAAAUUGGGCACAGAAGCACUCUUUUUCGGUGCCGUUGGCGAUGAUAAAUACGCAGAGGAGUUGAAGGACAGACUGCAAGAUUAUGAAAUUGAUGCCAGAGGUAGUAGCGGUAUGAGUACUAUACGCAUAUGUAUAAAUUUGGAAUAUUAA